UAGUGUCCACCCAUUAUACGGUGCAGUAUAUAAACUCUAUUCUAUAUAGUUGAGUUACAUAACGCAAAGAGAUCUGCUCUUUGUGAAAAGAUGCUUUCCUUAUGCGUUCAAGUGUUUGCCGUGCUGGUUGUCUGUGCAGCCGACGCUGCAAACAGAGAUAUUUCAUAUACAUUCAGAGCUUGGACUAUGGUUGACCAGCCUUUGCAGGAGCAACUUGCUGUUGUAUAUAAGGAGAUGGAAAGCUUGAAACAUGAACAAGCAGUAAUGAUACAAAAGCAAGAAGCUUUGAGCCAGGCAUUUGCAGACUGUUCACAAAAGCCUAUUGAUACAGAUGUGGAGAUGAAUUUGACAUCACUACAAACAGGCAGCAACCAUUUGCUGUAUACCCUCACCCAGGAUGGAGAUGGAGAUGAAGACAGUCAUGAGGCCCUUGACCCCUGCUAUCACUAUACAGUGUUGGACCAAGCCUGGAGAGCCUCAAACUACACCAGCAAGUAUGUUACUUGUGACCGUCGUGUCCAGUGGAAGGGGUGGUACCGUCUCUUCUAUCAUGGGAAGCCCAUUCAGAUGCCUGAGAGGUGUGUGAUGAAAGAGAUGUGUGGCACGCACGCUCCACUGUGGCUCGUCGGAGAUCAUCCCCGGAAACGAGACGGGGUUGUCACCCGCCAGGUGUGUGGAAACUGGAAAAACAACUGCUGUUUGUUCAAAUCUCCUCCCAUUCAAGUGAAAGCAUGUAGGGGAAACUACUACGUUUACAAGUUUGUCAAACCCGUAGCUUGCCAUAUGGCAUAUUGUGCAGAUAUUAACACGAUUGUCUGUGGAAAGUGCAGAAAAACUGAGUCUUGCAUCAGCAGCAACAAAAUCACCUGGAUGUGUAAGAAAAACCAACUGAGAAUUAAAGUAAACGUCCAUUUUUUUGUCACCCACCCGGCCAGCAUCUCAGGAAAAGUGAAUAGGAUUAUGUACAGGAAAGUGUAUGUGAAUCAAGGCAAGGCUUUCGACACUCGCACCGGGAUAUUUAAAGCUCCAGUUUCUGGCGUCUAUCAGUUCUUCUUUUCCACACAGAAUGGAGGGAAUGGGGCAACUGAUCUAUGGCUGGUUGUGAAUAAUUACUCUGUGGCUAUGUCCCAUAGUAAUGUUCAGGGCAACAGCUCGGUUGGGAAUCUCUCUACCUACAUGACGACACUGCGCAAGGGUGCUACGGUUUAUGUGAGCCAUAACCGCGGCCGCUCUUGGGCCAGUAGUGCAUCCAACACCAUCGUUUUUGGUGGUUCAUUGCUUAUGGAGAGAAUAAUAUAAAGGAAUGUUAAAGUCAUCUGAGACAAAAAUCUGAACAUUUAUAGUUUAUUUAUAGGUCAAUUUAAUAGUACCAACUAGUUGGAUUGACUUAUGUAAUAUACACAAUGGUAAAAUAUGUGUUUAUGCAUUGCUUUAACUAUCUUUAAACAUGUCUUGCUGAGACUUGCAAAUACCCUUAACUUUUUUAACCCUUAAAUUUUUUCUAUAAACAUUACUUUGCCAUAAAUCUUCUGAAUUUUAGACUAAACAACAACUUUUUGUCAUUAUUAUUAUGUGUGUGUGUGUGUGUGUACACAUAAUACUUAUAAUUAUUACAAAAACAAUAAUAAUACUGUAAAAUAAAACAACAUUUGUCAAAAUCCCUUGCUGAAAGAUAUAUUUCCAAAUGAAUAUACUCUUACAUUGUUUUUUUUUAAAUUAAAAAUGAUCAUGA